AGGGAAUUCCUCUGAAGAAUUCGCUGGAAGUGGAUACAUGUGAAUUUUCUGCAUGAAGACUCUCAAACUGGUUUACAUAAUAAUAUGCCUGUAUCCUCUGACUCUAUUAUUUUGAUCCUUAAAAAUGAUUAGGGUUGUAUAUGAAAUUUAACCCAUUUCUGAUGAGUGACCUAGACAUGAGUUUACAUCGGCAAAUGGGCUCUGAUCGGGACCUCCAGUCUUCUGCUUCCUCUGUGAGUUUACCAUCUGUUAAAAAGGCACCAAAGAAAAGAAGAAUUUCAUUGGGCUCUUUUUUUCGGAGAAAAAAAGACACAAAACGCAAGUCUAGGGAUUUAAAUGGAGGUGUUGAUGGAAUUGCAAGUAUUGAAAGUAUUCAUUCAGAAAUGUGUACAGACAAGAACUCUAUUUUCUCCACGUGUACCUCUUCCAGAACAACCUCCAGCAGCAAACCAAGUGGAGACUUCAUGGAAUGCCCCUUGUGCCUUUUACGGCACUCCAAGGACAGGUUCCCGGAGAUAAUGACUUGUCACCAUAGAUCUUGUGUGGAUUGCUUGCGUCAGUAUCUCCGGAUAGAAAUCUCCGAGAGCAGAGUUAAUAUUAGCUGUCCAGAAUGCUCAGAACGGUUUAAUCCUCAUGAUAUUCGUUUGAUAUUAAAUGACGACAUCUUGAUGGAAAAAUACGAAGAGUUUAUGCUUAGGCGAUGGCUGGUUGCAGAUCCGGAUUGUAGGUGGUGCCCAGCUCCAGACUGUGGAUAUGCUGUGAUUGCUUUUGGAUGUGCCAGCUGUCCCAAACUUACAUGUGGACGAGAAGGCUGCGGAACUGAGUUUUGCUACCACUGUAAGCAGAUUUGGCAUCCCAACCAGACCUGCGAUGCUGCUCGCCAGGAGAGAGCUCAAAGUCUGCGCCUGAGAACAAUUCGUUCCUCAUCUAUUAGUUACAGCCAGGAAUCUGGAGCAGCAGCUGAUGACAUAAAGCCAUGCCCACGCUGUGCUGCUUAUAUCAUAAAAAUGAAUGAUGGAAGCUGCAAUCAUAUGACUUGUGCUGUCUGUGGCUGUGAAUUCUGUUGGCUAUGUAUGAAAGAGAUCUCAGAUUUACAUUAUUUAAGCCCAUCAGGUUGCACAUUUUGGGGAAAGAAACCAUGGAGCCGUAAGAAGAAAAUACUGUGGCAACUAGGGACACUUGUUGGAGCUCCUGUAGGAAUUGCCUUAAUAGCUGGCAUUGCUAUUCCUGCUAUGAUUAUUGGAAUUCCUGUGUAUGUGGGACGUAAGAUUCACAAUCGAUAUGAAGGCAAAGACAUUUCAAAGCACAAGCGAAACUUAGCUAUAGCAGGUGGUGUAACCUUAUCUGUAAUCGUUUCUCCAGUUGUCGCUGCAGUAACUGUAGGUAUUGGUGUUCCUAUUAUGCUGGCUUAUGUGUAUGGAGUUGUUCCAAUUUCCCUCUGCCGAAGUGGAGGCUGUGGUGUGUCAGCAGGCAAUGGAAAAGGUGUCAGGAUAGAAUUUGAUGAUGAAAAUGAUAUAAAUGUUGGUGGAACAAAUGCGGCUGUAGAUACCACUUCAGUAGCAGAGGCACGUCAUAACCCUAGUAUAGGUGAAGGAAGCGUUGGAGGACUGACUGGCAGCUUGAGUGCAAGUGGUAGCCACAUGGAUAGAAUAGGAGCCAUUCGAGACAACCUAAGUGAAACCGCAAGCACCAUGGCCCUGGCUGGGGCUAGUAUAACAGGGAGUCUCUCAGGAAGUGCAAUGGUUAACUGCUUUAACAGACUGGAAGUACAAGCAGAUGUCCAGAAAGAACGAUACAGUUUGAGUGGAGAAUCUGGCACAGUUAGCUUGGGAACAGUUAGUGACAAUGCCAGUACCAAAGCAAUGGCAGGAUCCAUUCUGAACUCCUACAUCCCUUUAGACAGGGAAGGCAACAGUAUGGAAGUGCAAGUGGAUAUUGAAUCAAAGCCAGCCAAGUUCAGACACAACAGCGGAAGCAGUAGUGUUGAUGAUGGCAGUGCUGCAGGUCGUAGUAAUGCCGGUUGUUCAUCCGCCUGCUUGCCGGAAAGUAAAUCUGGUGCCACCAAGUGGUCCAAAGAAACAACAGCGGGAAAAAAAUGUAAAGGUAAGCUGAGAAAGAAGAGUAGCAUGAAGAUAAAUGAGACAAGAGAGGACAUGGAUGCUCAGCUGUUGGAACAACAAAGCACAAACUCCAGUGAAUUUGACUCUCCCUCUCUUAGCGAUAGUAUUCCGUCUGUAGCAGAUUCUCACUCGAGUCAUUUUUCUGAGUUUAGUUGCUCAGAUAUGGAAAGUAUGAAAACUUCGUGUAGCCACGGUUCCAGCGACUAUCAUACUCGCUUUACCACAGUCAGUGUUCUCCCAGAGGUGGAAAAUGAUCGCUUGGAAAACUCUCCACAGCCAAGUGGAAUCCCUGUGCCUGUUCCAACAGCCCCAAGCACUGAUGUUCCACAGCUGAGUUACAUUGCUGAGGAAAGCAUUAAUAAUGGAUCUUUGACAGAUGUAGAUUUAGGCGUUGGUGAAACACUGAAAGAAACAAACAACAACCAUUCGCAACAUGCUGUGGAAUUAAGCACUGCUAUUCAGACUGAAAUUUAAGUCUAUAAGUGCUGCGAAAAUAUAUUUACCACUAAAGAACCCUGGCUGAAAGCUGGUUGAAUUACAUGCAACUUUCCUAAGUUUCAGGUGACCAGCAGAAGCAAGGUUUUGAUACAACUGCAUUUUAUAUAUACUUGUCUGAUAAGGCAAAAUACUUCAUAUGGAUCUUAGACCUGUGUGAAGAGACAUGAAGGCUUUAACCAAGUGCAUUACAGCAGUACAAAUACGUCCAUGUUUUGUAUUUUUGCCACAACUUUGCUUGAAAGCAUAUACUUGGUGUAUUUAGAUACAAAUUGGUAAAUUCUUAAUAUGUUAAAUGCUGAAAUGAAUAAUAUGUCCUGCA